UUGGGCCUCAGACCUUGAUCAUCUCCUGACCCUGGACCUGUGUUUAACAUGGAGGCCAUGGGAUCGAAUUUAGCUCCACGGAAAUGAUGUUAGAUGAGAUAUGAAACGGUCCAAACUGACACUGAAUGCACAGCAGUGUCCUAUAUAAAUCUAUCCAGAUGAUCUGAACACACAGAGUCUCUUAAGACAGCCCGCUGAGCAACACACACACACCUGUCAAGAUGUUAGCCGUCCGAAACAACAUCCUCCUCCUCUUAUUCUGUUCAGUUGUGGUCGUUGCUCAAAGCUCCUUUCUUCCUCCAUGUGAGCCAAUCAACGAGACCGUCUCUGUGGAGAAAGAGGGCUGUCCGAAGUGCCUGGUGUUUCAGACCAGCAUCUGCAGCGGACACUGCCUAACUAAGGAGCCUGUAUACAAGAGCCCGUUCUCCAAUGUCUACCAACACGUGUGCACUUACCGGGACGUCCGCUACGAGACGGUGCGGCUGCCGGACUGCCCCCCCGGGGUGGACCCGCACAUCACCUACCCGGUGGCCCUCAGCUGCGACUGCAGUCUCUGCACCAUGGACACGUCCGACUGCACCAUCGAGAGCCUGCAGCCCGACUUCUGCAUGUCUCAGAGAGAGCACUUCCCUGCAUACUAGCCGAUGUCCUGCUGACUUCAGGCCAGGGGUACAUCCCAAACUCACACUCCAAAUCAGACAAAUGUUGUGGAGAUGUCGCCUAUUAAAAAGUACAUG